AUGCGCAGCUGGCGGGAUUGGCAGCGCAAGACCUGCUGGCGCGGUUCCUGGAGCCCUGCAGACGAGGAAGAAGCCUGGGGCUCGUGGACGCCGAGCAAGAUGGAAGAGGAGGUUGAGGAAGAGGAGGAGGAGCAGCAGCAGCAGCAUGAUGAGCAUGGAGAUGAGGAGUAUGAGGGCGACGCCACGAGGGAAGGUGAUGAUGCUCCUGAGGAGGAGGAGGAAGAGGAGCCUGAGAAUGCCAAGGAGGAUGGCCAGGACGAGGCAGAGGAUCCGGAGGAGGAGAUGAGCAAGCCCAAGGCCGAGGCCUAUGAGGACGACAGGGGAGACCAGUACCUUCACCACAUGGAGCAAGAACAGCGCUGGCAACUACAUCCCAAAGCUUCGCCAUGUGAAGAGCAAGCAGCCCGCAGAGCAGAAGAUGGAGACAAGGAUUUGGACGCAUGGCCUCGGCGCUUGCCGAAACCACCUCCGAUGCCCAAGCGCCGCCCGAUGCCGCCUCCCUUUCCUCCGCCACCGCCUGUGGUGGCGCCUCCACCACCUGCGGUGCCGCCUCAGCAGCCUGAGGACUGUCUUUUGCUUUAUGCCUCCACCGGUUGA